AAAGUAUUUCCUUAAUUGUCUAUCCCGAAUCCUUUGAAAGUGUAUUUAUGACGGUUAUCUUAUUUGAGGAAAACAAACUAGUUGAAAAUAGGGUUACAUCAUGUCAAAUCCAAAAUAUAAGUGGGAGAAGUUAGAACCUAUGACAGAUAUUCGGGUAUUUACAACUUUGGUUCCUAAUGAGUCAUCAUUGUAUGCAGUUGGUGGAUGUGAUGAAAAGGGAACACCAAUUGACAGUUUAGAAGUAUAUAAUGAUGAGACAAAGAAAUGGACCAAAUUAGAAAGUAUGCCUACUAAAAGAGCGGGAGUAGCUGUAGUAAUAAUAGGGAAAAAGUUAAUAGCUAUUGGUGGUGUAUCAGAAACACAAACACCAUUAGAUGUCGUAGAAAUGUUUGAUUUAGAAGAAAAGAAGUGGAGUAAAGUUGAAACAUUACCUGAACCUUUAAUGGGUGUAUCUGUGAUAGUUAAAGAUAGCAAAAUUUUAUUGAUUGGGGGUAUGGCCAAGAAUACCAAUCCAAAGGAUUUAUUCCUAGAAUAUGACAUUGAUCAAAAUAAAUGGAAACAGUUACCGUCCAUGCCUUCACCUAGAUAUGCUUCAUCAGCAUUUCUUUUACAAGAUAAACUAUACGUUUUAGGUGGAAGACAAGGUAAACUACCAAGCUUAGCAGUUGACUGUUUUGACUUUACUACCAAUAAGUGGGAACAAUUAGAGAAUAUACCCAGUAAAAGAGUAUUUGCUAUGUAUGCUGCAACAGAUACCCAUUUAUUUAGUAUGGGUGGAUUAAGCCAUCCUGCCAGUAAAGGUUUUACUAAUACCUGUGAAGUUUACAGCAUUGAAAAAAAAAAUUGGACGGUUGGUAAUAAUAUGAUGGUAAAACGUGGUGAUUUUGCUAUUGGUGUCUGUGGAGGUAAAGUUGUUUGUGUUGGUGGAUUAACUAAUGAUGGAAAACCUACAAAUCGAGUAGAGGCUUAUGAUGUGAAGAAAAAUAAAUGGUUACAAUUAGCAGAUUCUGAACAAAGUCACAGUUCUUGUGGUUAUACUAUGUGGAAUGACAAGCUAUAUGUUGUUGGUGGACUAUCAAGUGAAAUGGGACCAUGUAAUUUUGCUGAUGUUUUAUAUGUUGAAUAA